AUUAAUGAGCAGGGGACAGCGGGCUGCUUUUAAAAGAGCAGGCGUGAGAGAGAGAGGAAGAGAGAGAGACCUAGAGGAGAGACAGGAGGUUCAUCCAGGCUCAGGACGCACAGACGGAGUUCCGAUCAGCUCCAAAGAGACUGAAAGAAAGCACAAACCCUCCUCAGCUCCUUCACUUCUGCACCCCAGCAGACACUGCAUGUGGAUUUUAUUUCGAAAGACUUUUGUCGAUUGAUUUUCGAGGAAUCUGAGUUUUAGGAGUUUGUUUUUAAAGAAACAUUUGUGUUUGUUUGUUACCUUUGAAGAUGCAUCGGUGCACGGCGGUGCUGCUUUUGUUAGUGGUGGCCUUAUACGUCUUUAGCGCAGAAGCCUACAAGUGCAAGUGCACCAGAAAGGGACCAAAGAUCAGAUACAAGGAUGUGCAGAAGCUGGAGAUCAAACCCAAACACCCGUUCUGCCAGGAGAAGAUGAUAUUUGUGACGAUGGAAAAUGUGGCUCGGUUCAAAGGGCAGGAGUACUGUCUUCAUCCCAAACUUCAGAGCACCAAGAAUCUGGUCAAGUGGUUCCGCAUCUGGAAGGACAAGCACAGGGUGUAUGAAGCCUAAACCCUCGGCCAUCCAGCACAUGUGGAUCAAGUGAGACAAGAAAAGACGAUAGCACCACCACGACUGUUUUUGCGGAGUACAAGAUGUUAUCUACAAUCAAACUGUACUUCUUUCCUCUUCUGCCUGAGACCUGUCAAGCACAUUAAGAGAUAUCCUUAGUUCUUAUAAAUAUAUAUAUGGUGUUGGGCUCGUUCUAGUCGGCCAUCACUGUAGUUACAGUCACUCACCACUCCAGUCUCUUCAACUGUAGUUAAACUUGUCCAAAAGUGGACGAGACUCCACCAUUUGUGUUCAGUUGUUACUUAAAGGGAUUUGAUUUUAGGUUUCUUACAAAGUUAAGAAUGUGUAAUUCUGAAGAAACAGGAAAACUUUCCUUAAGAAAACAAAGUGGGGGUGUUUCAAAUGUUGCUUUUUUCAAUCCUCUGUAUUCAGUAUGACAGGUAGGACAUUUGUACAAUGCCAACAUUUAGGAUCUGGCAUUUAAGAGGUUUUAGUCAAAAUGUAGCCAUAACUUUUCUCAAUGUGAUUCUCUGUAUUCGCAGAGGAGCGGCAGUCAGUGUACAGUUACAUAUAAUACAGACGUUUCUAUUGUUCAGUCCCUCGGCGCCCAUUGUGUAAAAUAUUAUCUUACUAACCGGCAGGGUGUAGUUUCAGUAGAUGUUAAAUACAAAUAUCAGAUGUGUGUGCCAUUUCUUUGUACAGUACAUUCUCUGGGUUGGAGGAAACAUUUGUUUUUAAAAGCGUAUCAUAUAAUUAAUAAUUAUACUAAAAAAGCAAUUCUGACAAAGAAGCUAUAUCUGGCAGGGGAUACCCGGACACGACUGUGUAGGAUUGAUUCAUUUUUGGGUUUUUUUUCAUAGGAUUUGGCGACAACAAGAACUAUACAGAAUAUGUUCAAACUCAUCGUUCAAAAUGGGCUUUACAUUGUAUCAUUCUGGUAUGAAAAAAAGCAUUUGAAGGCGCCUGAAAUACUUCUCUAUAUACAUUUUGGUAAUUUUAUCUAUAUAAAAUCACAAAAUACAGUGUAACUGUCUCUUAAAAUCCUACGUUGCUGUUCAUACUCUUUUACAUCUAUUUUAUUUCAUUUAAUCUUUUAUUUGAAUCGGGACAGUGCACAUUGAUGAACACUUUAAAACAAAAUAAUGCUUACAACUGUAAAUGAGCCGGAUUUUAGCUUUGAGCUCAUUUCCAUCCGUAGUCCCGUCACAUAUUAUUAGAUCUCCUGAACAAUCGAAACAUGUUAUUAUUCUGUAAACUGUUGAUACACUUGGUUAUUAUAUCGACUGCUGGGUGUUGACUUGUUGCCAUGGAACUGAAUUCACACACGAAUAUAUAUCUGCAUAUAUACAGAAACAACACAUUUUAUUUACAUUUUAAAGAAUGUGCAUUUCUCUUGUUUUAUAUCUUAUGUGAAAAAUAUAUAAAGAAGCAUUUUGUAAAUGGACCAGUAUAGCCUAUAUGUUAGUGAGAAGGAUUUCAACUUAAGACUUUAUAGUGUCGUGUAUAUUGUAUUACUGCAUUAUUAGUUAUGUUUUUGCUAUUUAAAUCUUGGUUUGGUAACAGAAAUUGGGAGGGGGAGUGUUUGGUCCGGCCCAAGGGGAAAUAUUGAGUGUAAAAACAAUAAACAGAGCAAUAAAGUGUCUAUAGAACAGCU